AUGUGUCAUUUGUGGCCGAGGAUUUUCGCCAAUCUAAUCAAGCACUUGGCUCCACAAACAAGAAAGCAUACAGCUAAAGAAUAUCUUGCUAAAACAAACCUGAGAAACCAAAGCUAAAAAGGAAGUUUGUGAUCGGACUAAAGUAAAGCCAUGGCUGCAGUAGGCAUAGGUGGAGUAGCAGUACUCCACUCUUCAUUUCUCGGGAGCAAACUCAAGCCCAAGCCUUUAUGUUUGUCGAUACCAUUGAAGAAAGAAUGGAAAAAUUCAAGGAUAAUUAGCUUUAGCUUUGCACAUGACGUAUUUCUUGGAGUUGGAGUAGGACUACCAUGUACAGUAAUGGAGUGUGGUGAUAUAAUAUAUAGAAGCACACUACCUAAGUCAAAUGAGAUCACAGUUACUAUUCCUGGUGUUAUUUUGGCUUUGGGUACACUCUCUUAUCUCUGGGCUACACCUGGUGUUGCUCCUGGUUUCUUUGAUAUGUUUGUUCUUGCCUUUCUUGAAAGAUUCUGGAGAUCUACUUAUAAGAAGGAUGAUAUUGUUUUGGGAAAGAAAUUAGGUGAGGGAUCAUUUGGUUCUGUUUAUAGAGUUUCUUUGGCUAAAAACAAUAAGGGGAGUGGUGAUUUAGUCUUAAAAAGAGCAACUGAAUAUGGAGCUGUGGAAAUAUGGAUGAAUGAACGUGUGCGUAGAGCUUGUGCUAAUAGUUGUGCUGAUUUUCUCUAUGGCUUUCUAGAGAAGAGUACUUCUUCAAAGAAAGAAGCAGAGUAUUGGCUCCUUUGGCGUUUCGAAGGGGAAGCUACACUUGCUGAUUUGAUGCAGAGUAGAGAUUUUCCCUACAAUGUGGAAGCAUUGAUCCUUGGAGAGGUUCAGGACUUACCCAAGGGUUUGGAUAGAGAAAAUAAAAUCAUUCAGACAAUUAUGGGACAACUCCUAUUUGCUUUGGAUGGUCUUCACUCCACAGGGAUAGUGCAUAGAGAUAUUAAGCCUCAAAACAUAAUUUUCUCUCAAGGUUCCCGAACGUUCAAAAUAAUUGAUCUUGGAGCUGCAGCGGAUUUGAGAGUAGGGAUCAAUUAUAUUCCUAAGGAGUUUCUUUUAGAUCCAAGAUAUGCUGCACCAGAGCAAUAUAUUAUGAGCACACAAACCCCUUCUGCUCCAUCUGCUCCAGUUGCAACUGCCCUUUCCCCAGUACUAUGGCAGCUGAAUCUCCCAGACAGAUUUGACAUCUACAGUGUCGGUCUCAUAUUCCUGCAAAUGGCAUUCCCAGGAUUACGCAGUGACAACAGUCUCAUUCAAUUCAACCGACAGCUGAAGAGAUGUGAGUAUGAUUUAGUUUCGUGGAGACAGACUGUAGAGCCUCGUGCUGGCCCUGAACUUAGGAAAGGCUUCGAGUUGUUAGAUUUGGAUGGUGGAAUAGGGUGGGAGCUAUUAACAUCUAUGGUUCGUUUCAAAGCACGCCAAAGAAUUAGUGCAAAGACAGCUUUAGCUCAUCCUUACUUUGACAGAGAAGGUCUACUAGCCUUGUCCGUCAUUCAGAACCUAAAGCUGCAAUUAUUCCGGGCUACACAACAAGACUAUAGUGAAGCUGCAAACUGGGUUGUUCAACUAAUGGCAAAAUCAGGAACAGAACAAGGUGGCGGCUUCACUGAAGCGCAACUUCAGGAGCUUAGGGAAAUAGAGCCUAAGAAGAAGAAGUCAAGUGCACAGAGGAAUGCUCUUGCAUCAGCUCUUCGGGUUCAACGGAAAAUUCUGAGAACCCUGAAUGAGAGUAUGGAUGAGCUUAGCAGACAAAGGAAAAGCUUAUGGUGGAGCAGAUGGAUUCCAAGAGAGGAAUAAAAAAGGAAAAGCUUAUGGUGGAGCAGAUGGAUUCCAAGAGAGGAAUAAAAUCAGUAAAUAAAUAUGUACAAAAUAGUUUUAGUACUUUGUCAAGUCCAUAGAGCUUACUAGUUUUCAUUCUCAUCUGACAAUGUAAAGCAAUUUUUGAACAUAAGAGUUUUAUUUAUAAAAAGUGAAAAUAUACCGUUGUUUUACUUUUUA